AUGCACAUGCAAAUCGAGGGCCUGCGCUUUGCAUCCGGAAGUCAAAUCCGCGUCGCGCGGCGCUGCGCACUGCUGCGCUCGGCCGCGCUGCGAAACUGCUCUGGCUGUCGGCCUCACCUGCAGGUCCAUCAGCUUCUGCUUGUUCUUCAGCGCUUGCACGCCGGUCGCUUGUUGCGCCUGGAGCAUUUGGAUCUGCUUCUGAAGGGAUUCCCUGCCUUUGAUGUUGAAUUUGUUGCUGAGCGUGAACUUGCUGCUGGUGCUGAAGCAAUUGCUGUUGCUGCUGAAGUUGUUGCUGAAGUUGCUGUUGUUGCAUCUGUUGCUGCUGUUGUUGCUGCUGCUGUUGUUGUAUCUGUUGUUGCUGCUGCUGUUGCUGUUGAUGAAGCUGUUGCUGCUGUUUUGCUGCUGAUGGAGUUGAUGAUGUUGUUGAAGUUGUUGUUGUUGCUGGAGUUGUUGCUGUUGCUGAAGUUGUUGCUGUUGCUGGAGUUGUUGCUGUUGCUGGAGUUGUUGCUGUUGCUGGAGUUGCUGUUGUUGUUGCAAUUGUUGUUGGCAAUUUAUUAUUUCACGCUUAUUCGAAUCAGCAUCCACAAACCUGGGAGCCUGGGCCUCCAUGCCCCAGCUCUGACCCGACGAAGCCGUUCAACGCACCCAUAUCUCCCGCACUCCUGCAACAGACGUCUCAUUUAUGCAUAUGAUCACAGACGGUUUCCAGACCUACCACGUAAUACACUCGACGUGCACAGGCCUUCUCUGCCUCUGCUGCCAGCCGCGCGAGCUGGCGAGGGGGGCCGCGCCGCCGAGUACUUGCCUGUUGCCGUGCGGUCCGUCGUCCAGGAGAGGGUCGCGGGCGCCUGGUCGGCCCAGCCCGCGGCUCAGCACGUCCCCCACUGCAACAGGCGCGUGGACACGCAUCGCAUAUAA